AUGGCCAUCAACGUGGGGAAGGCAAACCUUGUGGAGCACUUGGAGCUCAUCCUCAGUCUCCGUGGCUCCUACCCGAUAGUGGCAAUCGAUACGGAGUUCCCGGGGUUCAUUCGCGACACCCCUCGCAAUGCCACCGAAGAAGAAAGAUACAAUGACGUGAAGCACAACGUGGAUAACAUGCACCUGAUCCAGCUGGGCGUCGCCUUGUUCGACGAAGGCGGCAACACCCCAUGGCCGGGGUGCUGUUGGCAGUUCAAUUUUUCGGAUUUCGAUCCCGAUGUGGAUGCUUCCUCUCCCGACUCCAUCGAGUUGUUGGCACAGAGCGGGCACGACUUCCAGCAAUACCGACGACACGGCAUCGACGCGCGGCGGUGCGCCUAUCUGGUAUGCGUGAAGCUCUUCUGCCAACCCUACAGCUCCAAGUAUGUUACGUUUCAUGGACUCUACGACGUGGCAUUUGUGAUAAAGAUGAUCACCCGAGCCCCACUGCCCAACACCUUGAACGAGUUCUCUGAUUUGGUGAGGACCAUCUUCGGCCAGAUUUAUGAUCUCAAAUAUAUAUCUCGAUUUUGUGGAGGACUGCGUCGGGGAGAGAUUGGUUUGGUGGGACUAUCAAGGUUAUUGAACUUUGAACCCGUAGGGAUCCGUCACCAAGCAGCAUAUGACAGUCUACUAAUUGGGGCACUCUUCAACGAAAUGAAGCAACGAAGGCAUAACGUAGAGGACGACAGAUCUGCAUCGGUCCUCUAUGGUAUAGAGAAUAGAUGCGUCGAGAACAGGAGGACUCGAAGGAUUGACCGCAGAGCUCGCUCGCUUGAGACAAAGGCAACAUCUUUUGCCUCGCUCGAGACAAAGAUUGUGAGAUUGCAGGAGACCCGCGCAAAGGGACGACUACUAGGCAUGCCAAACCACAUGGAGAUGAUUCGAGAUCGCCUCUGGGCUAUCAAUGGCACGAUCUUGGACGCUCUGCUUCGAGCGUUUAAGGAGCCGGAGUUGGAGGAGUGGGUGACCGACGUCGGUGCAGCCAUUGUGGACGUCGACGAUCUGCUCGGUAGGAUCCUUGACUGGCAUCCAAGAGGAGGAGCGGUUGCAGCAUCGAAUCACUUGUCACACUCCAUCUGCAGCAUCCGAGUGGCCUCUCGCCAAGCCAUUCUAUCGGAGCUCAAGGAGAUGGUUAUUCCUCUUUAUAUCCCCAUCAGGCUGAACUGUCUGGUGAGGAGGGGGUCUGUGUUGGGCCUCUCAAAGGAGAUAAUGGAGUCUGUGGAUCCACGACAAGAAGAAGAGUACUCCACCGUCCUAAGAGAAGAGGUGGUGGGACGCAACGAGGAUCAACAACAGUCUGGCGAUUGUGUUGAAUGGCUGCUCAUAGAAGGCGGUGAUGGGAGGACGACCCUUGGUCGGUUGAUUUACCACCACUCCUGGGUGCACGACCAUUUCCAGCAUCGAAUCUGGGUGGAUGUCCCAAGCAUUGCUUCUUUGGAUCCCAUGUGGAUCAUGAGAGAAUUCACGAGAUCAAUAACCGGGGAACCGUGCGAGGACAUCUGGCAAUUCUACGAUGGAGUCCAUGAAAGCAAAUACUUCCUCGUUCUGGAUGAUCUCAACGUCGAGGAGGAGGACAAGGAUAAGUGGCUCCAAUUGGAGAACUUUCUAUUGCUCGUCGGCGCACCGGGGAGUACCGCGGUGGUCAUUCCUGACUUGCAUUUUAGUGACCAUAAAUUGGGGUCCGCCAUCCAACCAUAUCCCUUGGAGUACCUAUCGGAGGAUGCUUGGGUAGAAUUGUGCAUGAGACAAGCACUCAUCCGGCCUGAUCAACAGGAGGAAGCAAACGCGAUACGUCAAUUCUGUAGGACAGACUAUGAUUCAAUUUAUGGGACUCCCGCAGGCGCCAAGAUGUAUGGCUCCGUAUUCAGAUAUACCGAAAUGAAUCGAUGGCAACAACAAAUUUCUGGUUUGGAUACGACUUUUAUUAGAAUUCAUUACAUGCCACGUAAAUGGACACGAUUAAUGUUGUACCACUGGCUGAUUGUACAAGAUGACAUGGCCAAUUAUAAAGACUUCUUCCAUGUGUUAGCUGCUGAAGGCCUUCUGCUGUUUUCGUCAGACGAGGACGAAGUGAUGAUAAGGGAAUAUGUGAGGACCCUCGACCUUGAUUUUUCAUUUGCUGCCACGGAGCAUUGCUAUUUCUUGACGGAGGUUGAUUCAAAUUCAACAAUCCCACAACAAUGUCUCUAUUUACGUAUGCUCGUCGAUUCUAAUACCAUCACAUUUCCGACGAUCUUAUCCGAUGGGGUCAACAAUUUGAGAGGUUUGGUAUUACAACAAAAGGAAAUGGAUCUCCAAUACAAAUAUCAUAUCCUACAUAUUCCAAAAGGUAUAUUUACCAACCUCAUACAUCUACGUAUAUUACAUUUACGAGCUAUCAAAGUCCAGCAGCUACCCGAUACAGUGGACAAGUUGCUAAUCUUGAGAUACCUCAACCUUGCCCAGUCUGAGAUCCAAGCACUUCCUAAAUCCUUAUGCAAGCUCAGGAAUUUACGAAUCAAAAAUUUGGCUCAUUGUGAAAAGCUUCAAAACCUUCCGAGGCAAAUAUAUAAUCUUGAGAAUUUGCAUGUUUUAAAACUAGCUUAUUGUACAAAGCUUCAAAUGCUACCUAUUUCGAUCACCGGUCUUGUAAAUCUACAAGAGCUAGAUUUGGAAGGUUGUCAAUGGCUUGUCGAAUUACCUGAGGGUUUGAGUAAUAUGAGAAAGCUGACAAACCUCAAUAUAUAUGGAUGUCCAUUGAAUCAAAUGCUGCAUAAAAUAAGUCAGAUAAGUAAUCUCCUGAAGUUGUCUGGAUACAUCAUAAUUGGUGAUAUUGGAAAUGCCUUUUUAGAGUUACAAUCAUUGAUGAAUCUAAAAGAAUUAUGGUUACAAAACCUCGAAAAAGUGUCAAAUUCAGAAGAUACUUCAACUCCUUUAAAGUUGUAUGAUAUACUUCCACAACUCAUAUAUCUGAGGCUACAUUGGAAAUGGAACAAUAUGAUUGACAUGAGAACCUCCAAAACAGUUUGGUUGCAGGUACUUGAACGCCUUCAACCCAAUUCAAACUUGAAAAAAUUAGAGAUUAUUUUAUAUGUCUACGAGGAAUUUCCCGUAUGGAUAAAAGAGGGGUUUUACUAUCUUCACAGGUUGAAAGAGAUCAAACUAAUCAAUCUCAAGAGAUGUAAAAUGCUACCGUCACUUGGACAACUACUCAGUCUCGAGAUUAUUGAAAUAAGUGGUAUGGAUUUAAUCAAUAUUAUAGAUGAAACAUUCUACGGUGACAAUGGGACAUUUCCGGAGUUGAUCACAGUCUCUCAUAUGUCUGCACUGGAAAAAUGGCUAAAAGUUGGGAGAGAAGAAUUUUUGUUUUCGGAACUUUAUGAAUUGACACUAAUCGAAUGUCCAAAAUUCAAAGCUCUAGAGGUGCAUCUCAGGGUCUCAAGAUUGAGUAUUUGGUUGAACAAUAAGAUGCUGCAGACAUCUGAAUUCAAAGGUUGGCAUAACCUCCAACAUAUAAGAGACUUGGAGAUAGUUGGAUGCCAAGAGCUGAGGUGUUUGCCACGGGACAUGGAACGAUGUGUUAAACUCGACAGCUUGAGAAUUAUUGGAUGUGAGAAUUUGGACUUUUUGCCAGAGUGGCUGCAAGGAUUCAAUCUUCUGAAUUCUUUAUUUAUAUAUGGCUGCAGAGCUCUGUCAUCCAUGCCAGAGGAGCUUAAACUACUACCAGUCGUUGAUGUUAAAGGUUGUCCGAAGCUGCGACUUUAA